AUGUCCGUGUCUGGUAAGAAAGAAUUUGACGUGAAACAGAUCUUGAGGCUUCGCUGGAGGUGGUUCAGUCACCCUUCUCAGACUUCCACAGGCACCGGAGGUUGUCUACAGCAGGAAGGAUAUGAGCAUAGAGGCACGCCGGUUCAGAACAGGCUGAAGAGCCACUCGCGGGACAGAAAUGGGCUGAAGAAAAACAACAGCCCAAUCCAUCACAACAUAUUGGCUCCGGUGCCCGGCCCAACCCCGGUGCACCACCGACCGAUUCAAACCUGGCACGAACAAAACCUAAUUGAACAUCUGCAGGCAACUGAGCACACUCUAGAAGCUGGCACACAGGGAAACUGUGAUAAAGAACAGUCACACAAAUACACACAGGAACUGCAGAUGAUCACAGAGGACAACCACGAUGAGUCUGUUGAGAGGAUAUCAAUAAGCAGCGUCUCCCCUCCUUCAGGAGAAAACAACAAUGGAUCAGAUGAAUAUUUCCACUCUGCAAAUCAUGCAGAGCAGACAUUCCGCAAGAUGGAGAAUUAUCUCCAGCAGAAGCAACUCUGUGACGUUCUCCUGAUUGCUGGAGAUCACAAGAUUCCUGCUCACAGGUUAGUUCUGAGCGCUGUGUCGGACUAUUUUGCUGCAAUGUUUACCAACGAUGUCCGUGAAGCAAAGCAAGAGGAAAUCAAAAUGGAAGGUGUGGAUCCUGACGCAUUGCAAGCCCUAGUGCACUAUGCCUAUACGGGUGUCUUGGAACUCAAAGAAGACACCAUUGAGAGUUUGUUGGCUGCCGCCUGCCUCCUCCAACUGUCACAAGUGAUUGACGUUUGUUGCAACUUUCUCAUGAAACAGCUUCACCCUUCAAACUGCUUAGGGAUCCGGUCCUUUGGAGAUGCUCAGGGAUGCCCUGAGCUCUUGCGAGUGGCACAUAUGUAUACCAUGGAACAUUUCAUCGAAGUAAUAAAGAAUCAGGAAUUUCUCUUGCUGCCAGCCAGCGAAAUUGCUAAACUUCUGUCCAGUGAUGACAUCAAUGUUCCAGAUGAAGAAGCCAUAUUCAAGGCAUUAAUGAUGUGGGUUAGGCAUGACUUGCAAAGCAGGCAGCGAGAGCUUGGGAUGCUUCUCUCCUAUAUCAGGCUGCCCUUGCUCUCCCCACAGCUACUAGCAGAUCUAGAAAACAGCCCCAUGUUUACUGAUGACCUGGAGUGCCAGAAACUUCUUAUGGAAGCAAUGAAGUAUCACCUCCUACCAGAAAGGCGGUCUAUGAUGCAGAGCCCUCGUACCAAGCCGAGGAAAUCCACCGUUGGUUCACUUUAUGCUGUAGGGGGCAUGGAUGCUACCAAAGGGACGACGACAAUUGAGAAAUACGACUUGAGGACAAACAGCUGGAUACAAAUUGGGACUAUGAAUGGGAGGCGGCUACAAUUCGGGGUAGCUGUAAUUGACAACAAGCUCUACAUUGUGGGUGGAAGAGAUGGUCUCAAAACAUCCAAUACAGUGGAGUGUUUCAACCCAGUAACCAAAGCUUGGAUUGUGAUGCCUCCUAUGUCAACCCACAGGCACGGCUUGGGCGUAGCAAUGCUUGAAGGGCCAAUGUAUGCUGUUGGUGGUCAUGAUGGGUGGAGCUACCUCAACACAGUUGAAAGAUGGGACCCCCAGGCACGGCAGUGGAACUACGUCGCUAGCAUGGCAACACCUCGAAGCACAGUGGGAGUCGCAGCACUGAACAGCAAGUUGUAUGCUGUUGGUGGGCGAGAUGGCAGCUCUUGCCUAAAAUCCAUGGAGUGUUUCGAUCCUCACACCAACAAAUGGAGCAUGUGUGCAUCAAUGUCAAAACGAAGAGGAGGAGUUGGUGUAGCAACCUACAAUGGGUUCUUGUAUGCCGUCGGAGGCCACGAUGCUCCGGCUUCAAAUCACUGUUCUCGACUUUCUGAUUGUGUAGAAAGAUAUGAUCCCAAAACAGAUACCUGGACUACUGUAGCGCCUUUGAGUGUGCCUCGUGAUGCUGUGGGAAUCUGUCCUCUCGGAGACCGAUUAUAUGCAGUAGGCGGCUAUGAUGGACACACAUACCUGGAUACAGUAGAAUCAUACGAUGCUCAAAACAAUGAAUGGACAGAGGAAGUUCCAGUCAACAUAGGAAGAGCUGGAGCUUGUGUUGUAGUUGUAAAGCUGCCAUGAUGGACAUGAUGAGAUGUAAAACAGUGCUUGCGCCCAGCUCCAAGCAGCAGCAUGGGAGAAGAGGAUGAAACAUGUUCCAGAAUGCAGUGUAAACAUCAUCCAUUAUGGAAGAGGAGAUGGAAAGAUGAGCCAGGGUGGAGUCUGAGCAUGAACACAGCAUUGGUCUACAUUCCAAAGACAAACUCAGCAGAUAUUUCAUCAUCAGGGUGUUGCUAACCUCAGUUCACAGAGAAAAACUGAUUAUUCACUGUGCUUAAAAAAAAAGUCAACAUUCUAAGCCAGGAUAACUCCAACUCAGUGUCAGGCUUGAUUCCUCUGCCUGAAGCCAGUUCGGUGACCUUGGGUCAGUCACAGCUCUUCCAGAGCUCUCUCAGCCCCACCCACCUCACAGGGUGAUUGCUGUGGGGAUAAUAAUGACAUACUUUGUAAACCGCUCUGAGUGGGCAUAAAGUUGUCCUGAAGGAUGGCAUAUAAAUUGAAUGUUAUUAUUACUAUUAUUAUUAUAAGGGAAGCCAGAUUGUAUAGGCAAAAUGAAAAAUGCAUAGUUGCAUAUGAUUGCUUAUCUUGCAUAACUCAUUCUCCUUAUGCUAGAUAUGGAAGGGCAAGCCACAGGGAACUCUUAAGAACAAUUCCAUGACAACUGGAAGUCCUCUUUACCUCUCCUUGGUAUUAAGACACACACGGCCAUAUAUCUCCAACAAUUAGAAAUGUUGCAGAUGUGAUUGUACCUUUCAUGAAAUCACAUGACAAAAUCAGCAGAUGUUUUUUCAGUUGUGGUUGGGCAGGGUAUUAGUAAAGCUUUCAUGAAAUGAAAACUGAAGGGUUAUAGAGAGUGCAUAUUUUAGAGGUGAAGUCAGAACCUUGUAGCAUCAAAGAUAAAAUGGUUCAUAGGUAACCAAGAAAGGCAGAAAUUUGAAUAUAUUUAACUUUGCACCCCAUUAUUAAAUGUUAAAUGACUGUAAGGAAUAAUUAUAAAGCUUGACCUUAAACCUCUUAAGAUCCAUAUUUAAGUCCAACUUCCAAACUUAUGGCAUUGGGUUUUUUAAAAAUAUAUUUUUGAUCUUUA